CAAACGGCUAUAGGUGGAUGUGUUAUACAGGUAUACCCAUACGGAGAUAAUAGUUUACCAUGGGGGCCUGCCUUUCAAAAUACUUUUGUUUCGUUUACAUAUUCAAGAAUAAACACAUGUCAAGAGUAAAUAAGGAUAAGUAAUAGUAAAUGUGUUUUUAUAUUUGAACAAAAAAAUCAUACUAUAACACUAGAGUCGAUAAGCUGUGGCAGCUGCUAUCUGGAAAAAGCACGUCCCCGCGACAAACUUCAACAACUGUGCGCGAGCCCGACCGGCUGGUACAAACGUCUCGUUUGAGCUCCAAGUGCAGCGCGAAUGUGGAUACAUCGAGCUAACGAAUGAAAAACGAUAAACGGAAUCAUUUGGUUAAUAACAUCUAGACAUCCAUUCAUUUCGCCAUAGUACGUUCUGGGACACUUCAUCUGAGGCGGAACGAAAGCGUAGCCGCCUGCUAGACUUGUGCUGCUUGACCAGCCCUCCUUCUUCAACCUGUAGUCCCUUAUAGCUAUUACACAAGGGAACAGGACAAAAGAGGUCCUCACAUUUCAAGAGGAGAAGAAAGCCCUACUGAGGAAUCUUAUGGACGAAGAAAUGAGUCGCCAGACCGCCACCGCGCUGCCGACAGGAACCUCCAAGUGCCCCCCCUCCCAGCGCGUGCCCACCCUGUCGGGCACCACCGCCUCCAACAGUGACCUGGCCAGCUUGUUUGAGUGCCCCGUCUGCUUCGACUAUGUCCUGCCUCCAAUCCUGCAGUGCCAGUCGGGACACCUGGUGUGCUCCAACUGCCGGCCCAAGCUCACCUGCUGCCCCACGUGCCGGGGGCCCCUCGGCUCCAUCCGGAACCUGGCCAUGGAGAAGGUGGCCAACUCGGUGCUCUUCCCCUGCAAGUACGCGUCGUCGGGCUGCGAGGUCACGCUGCCGCACACGGACAAGGCGGAGCACGAGGAGCUGUGUGAGUUCCGGCCGUACUCCUGCCCCUGCCCGGGGGCCUCCUGCAAGUGGCAGGGCUCGCUGGACGCCGUCAUGCCCCACCUGAUGCACCAGCACAAAUCCAUCACCACGCUGCAGGGGGAAGACAUCGUGUUCCUGGCCACGGACAUCAACCUGCCCGGCGCCGUGGACUGGGUGAUGAUGCAGUCGUGUUUCGGCUUCCACUUCAUGCUGGUGCUGGAGAAGCAGGAGAAGUACGACGGCCACCAGCAGUUCUUCGCCAUCGUGCAGCUCAUCGGCACGCGCAAGCAGGCCGAGAACUUCGCCUACCGCCUGGAGCUCAACGGGCACCGGCGCCGGCUCACGUGGGAGGCCACGCCGCGCUCCAUCCACGAGGGCAUCGCCACGGCCAUCAUGAACAGCGACUGCCUGGUGUUUGACACGUCGAUCGCACAACUGUUUGCGGAGAACGGGAACCUGGGCAUCAACGUCACCAUAUCCAUGUGCUGAGGGACCUCCGGCGGCGCCAUCCAACCCCCCCCCCGACCCCCCCCCCCCCCCAUUCCCGGGAAACGGGGGGGGUGAACGGUUGCAGUUAUAACAAAAAUAAAUAAUUUGUUACUUACGUUCUGAGUAAACUGAAAGGGUGACCUCCUACCCUAGUCCCACACCCCCUCGCCCCCCCCCCCCCCCCCCUCCCCAACACCCCCUGGAGACAGAAGGACGGGGCCCAAGUGGACUGUCUGAUGGGCAGCCACGGGGGGGACGCCGGGGGUGGAAUGUACGGACGUAUGGACGGAGCAUCCGUUGAACGGACACGCCUGGGUUCAACUGUGUAGUGGCGGAUAGACUUGUACCCCAUCUCCGUUACACACCGCGCACACGUGCAGUAUCUUUAUAGUUCAUUAUUGUUUCUCUCUCGCUGUAGUUCAUCCAGUCUUGGUUCUCUCUCUCGUUUUCUCUCUCGUUCUCUUGUCUCUCGUUUUGUUACAAACACAAAAAAAAAAGUUUGCUUUGUGGUAUCUCGUUUCAAAGAUGAUCACCUCCUGUUUUGUUUUUUGUUUGUCAGCCUCACCUUCCAGACGCCCCCCCCCGCCCCCCCCCCAACAAAAAAACACGCACGCACACACACACACCACACGCACACACACGCUCCCAACAUCUCUGAAGAGCUGAUCCUUUAACUAAGCGGAACUGUUAUUUGUUUCUUUCAGGGCACGGGUUCUGCUCGCUGGUCACUAGCACCCUGAGCAUGGCUUUAUGUAUAUUCUACCAUGGACACUUGGUCAGUACUAUGUGGCUAGUUAUUUAGCUAGCUGACCAGCCACCUGGACUAGCCUCGCUCUGCAUUUGGAAGGCAACCUCGGUUGGAUCUUCUAAACAAAUGGUCUAUUUGCUUGCAACACUAACAGCCAAUGGCUCCGACGGGUGGAGCUGAACGAGUACUGUUAAUUUUCCUCCUUCGGGAUCCGUUAAGUCCUGACCAUGGCUGCCUAUUGGUUAAUAAAGGAACACGAGCCUUCAGUUGCUGUGGAGCAGUUUGAUCGCAGAAGGAGUAGUGUAAACACAACGAGUUGUAGUCUACCUUCUGGUAGAGCCAUAGGUGGGGAUAGCCAAAGACCCUCAAUAGUGUACUGGAUAAGGCUCUUAAACUAGGAUGCGUGGUAAGGAAAGGUUGUUUACCGUGCCUAUGUUGUGAAAAUAGCUCAGAUGAGGUCCUUAAAGAUGUAGCCUCCUCCGUUUUGAGCAAUGUAACCCAAGCAUCAGCGGUGGUCAUUCAAUCAUAGGAAGCUCUUGGGUCAACUGACAUCCUUGGAAAGAAUUGAGCAUUACAGACUCUUGCCACUGUGUAAAGUUUUCAGAAUGCCAGGGACUUGUUGGAAGGUUUGGGCUGGCAAUUAGUGUCUAAUUCCAAAGCCAGACACGGAUACAUGCGCAUAAGCACCGGUUCAUCGUGUUUUCACGCAUACAUGGACACGCAUACAGACCUACUCAAGCCUGUGCUAAUGUUGUGACUGCGGGGCGAAGCAGGCCGAGCUAUUGGUGGAAUCGUGUGAGUGUCAACCCAUUUUGACUUAAGGGUCAAUAAAUUAAGCUUUGUUCUGUUUGUACCCUUUUAAGUAAGGAAGAAAAACUGCAUUUCGGUUUUGUCAAAUUGAAACUGGUUUUACUCCUUGACAUUUUCUUUGUGUGUGCGUGUUUGAGAGAGAUAUCUUACUUUUUUUUUUUUUUUUUUUUUUUACAAUCCCCUUUCACUCACUGUCCAUCUAGCCUCACCGAUUACGAUCUCUGAAAAACUGACUGAUGGAUCCUGUCCCCACCUAAGACCAAGGGACAGCUUCUACCGUUACAAUGUUGCUAUUAUUAUAUUGUUAUUAAAUGGAGAUUGUUAUUAUCAUAAUUAUCAUUUUUAUAAUGACUCUAAAAAUGGAAAAGGCAGUUUUAAAAACUUGUGGCUGAACUUCAAGUGUUUUUAGUUGUGAUGUUCUUCUGAAGGUGGUUUUCCAAGUUGAAUAGUUUUUGUUUGUUAUCAUUUCCCCUUUUGUCUUUGUCCAUUUGUCUGUCCUUAUUUUUGUUAAUCUUUUUUUUCUUUUUGUUUGUUGUGUUUGAAGAGGGGGGAGGGGUCAAGCCAAUCGUCUCUCCUUCGCUCUUCAAUGUGGAGUCUGCUGCUCUCCCUUAACUCCUGUAUUUUUGUUUUUAUUUGGUUCCGUUUUAAGUUGUCAUUAAAUAAAUCUAUCUUUUUCAUA